AUGGCACGAUCGAAGAAGGGGUCAAAAGCUUCCCAGCUGCCUGACCCUGCUCAAAAGAAGGCCAGGAGAAAGAAGAGAACGGCGACCACAAAGACAGCGUUAGCUGAUGUCAAAAAGUGGAAGGAACUUGGUAUAGAAACUCACCUUCAGGCAAACAACACGAGGGUGAACUAUGCCGGGCAUGUUCGACGUGGACGGGAAUGGCUAGCAAGCCACUUUGAAAGCCCAUGUUCCAAAGACCUGCUCGUUCUGAUGCCGUUGCUGCCCGCAAAUGUCGAAACGCAUGCCGAUAGUGACAUGUACGAUGACCCGGCCUUCAAAGAUGCAUUUGAUCGGAUACCGAACAGAUGCUCUGACAAAGCUCUGGCACUCUACAUGUCCCUGAAAGGGUUCCAUGAGAAUCUCUCCAAAACGACUGUCGAGAGCAUCCGUUCGGCAUUUAAAAAACUGUGGGAGUUAUCAGAUGGGGACACCUAUCGCGGAAAAUGGCACUUAAACGAGGCAAGACAGCGGUGGGAAGGAAAUCCUGCCGAUUCCGCAGACAUUUAUGACAUCCUGUCAUCCAUCAAGCAUAAAGCAAGUGCAGAGGGUGGAGACCAUACUCACUCGAUGGCAAUGACAAAGGACUACAUGGAUCGGACCCUCCGGUGGCAUCAGGCUUCAUGUCCACCGGAGAUUGCGCUGCAUAUGAUCCAGAAGGCGAUGACUGGUGCGCGGCCUUCAGAUAUGCAUCUAGACUUGGCCGUGAGGACACAACUCACCCGUCAUCUCGAACAAGUCGUGUUUGCAUCCAAUGGAUGGACACUAUGGACAAGGUGUUUUGAGCUCAUCAAACUGCAACGAAAGGAUAUCUCACUUGAUGCAACUAUUUUGGACGGCCUGCUCAAAUCGUAUCUUGCAGGUGAGACGCUGACGCUGCAUGAACGAGCGUCUCACUUCGAGAUCUUCCUCUCGAACCGUAAAGGGUGGCAAAAGAAGGUUGAUAAGGGCAAGUGGGAGGCAGAUUUAAGGUCAAAUCACUACAAGAUAUAUCCACGCCCCGACAUGCCAGCCUGUGACAACUUCUUCUGGACGUUAGUUUGGAUCAAAUGGCUUGAAUUAUUUCACUAUGCACGCACACUUCAGCUGAACGACUUCGUUUUCCCUGCAAUGAGUGCAAACGGUGUCAUGCACCCUGGACAGCCAAUCUCUCACGAUACUGUACAGAAAUGGAUCAAUGAGUUGACUGCCGGUGCCGGAAUCCUGGGUAAUUUCUCAACUCACUGCUUUCGUCGUGGGGGCGCACAAUAUUCGUUUAUGUUCGCUCCAGUGGGCCAACGGUGGACGCUUGCUAAAGUUCGGUGGUGGGGUGGAUGGGCUGAAGGCGAGCACCGUGAUACACUUGUUCACUACCUCCUGGAUGAACUACAUACAUACGAGACCGACUACAGUGAUGCCCUUGCCCCCAUCUCCUGUGGUGCUGAUGCCUCCCUCGCUGGUGAAUAUGCUCUCGCAAGACCAGCAUCCACGGAAGAGCUCCGCAUGGUCCAUGCAUCUGUUGCAACAGAUGUCAACUCCCUGCGCAACGAGAUUGGAUCAGUGAACAACUCACUGCACUCACUAACAAAGUGUGCUUCCCGCACACCAACUCCAUCAUAUACUCCAUCUGGGCCUGUUGUAGGAGCGCAUGCUGCUGCUCCACAGCUGCCACCUGCUAGGCCUGUCAUCAACCAAAUUCCUACCCCGCCAUCCAUCUACACUGCCGCAUUGCCACAGCAACAGCUCCCUGCCACGCUGUCCAUCCGUGUCACUUCACAGAAGCUCCCUACAGCUGGCCUUGUCAUCCCUCGGGUGCCAGUAUCUCGUCCCAACGGCACUACCAGCCUGAAGAGCAGGUCCUGGAAGGAGAUUGUUGAACACUGGCUUGUUGGCGAUCCCGACAGAGGACUGGUAACGCCACUCAAGGAUUGGCCAAAGGAAUGGUACCAAGGCGCCAACCGACGGUUCGCAUCAAAGUACCAUCAGAGGGCCACAAUCGCGCUGGAGUUCAUUAAUGAGUAUGAUUCGAACGAGGCCCGCUUCCUUGCAUCUUAUCCGGAGGCCGAACUGGGGCACACACAGCUCCUCAAAGCCAUAAACGAGGCGCGCACUGCACGAGGAGAGCGUGUUUCUCGCAGAAAGUGA